AUGGGGAUAAAGGUUAACAUGAAUGGUGGUAGGAUGGCCAAAGCUUUUCGUGGAAAAAAGGUCCAUGGAGAAUAUGACAUAAAGGUUGAACAGGCAGAAUUUUCAGAAAUCAACUUGAUAGCCCAUGCUGAUGGCAAUUACGCAGUAGAUAUCCAAGUAUUUCGAAAUGGCACUAAAGUUGUCAGAUCAUUCAGGCCUGAUUUUGUCCUUAUUCGUCAGCAUUCAUUCAGUAUGGCAGAAAAUGAAGAUUUCCGUAACUUAAUCAUUGGAAUGCAGUAUGCAGGCAUCCCUAGUGUCAACUCCCUGGAAUCAAUCUAUAACUUCUGUGACAAACCGUGGGUGUUUGCCCAGCUGGUGUCUGUCUACAAAACUUUGGGUCCAGAGAAGUUCCCUUUAAUUGAGCAAACAUUCUACCCAAAUCACAAGGAAAUGCUAACAAUGCCAACGUUUCCUGUUGUCGUCAAGAUUGGACAUGCUCACUCAGGCAUGGGAAAGAUCAAAGUAGACAACCACUACGAUUUUCAGGACAUAGCCAGCGUGGUAGCGCUUACUCAGACCUACGCCACUACGGAACCCUUCAUAGACUCCAAAUAUGACAUCAGGAUCCAAAAGAUAGGCAGUAACUACAAAGCGUACAUGAGGACUUCCAUAUCCGGCAACUGGAAGACAAACACGGGCUCUGCAAUGUUGGAACAAAUUGCUAUGUCAGAUAAGUACAAGCUUUGGGUUGACACCUGUUCUGAAAUAUUUGGUGGUUUGGACAUCUGUGCUGUUAAAGCUGUACAUGGAAAGGAUGGAAAAGAUUAUAUUUUUGAGGUCAUGGACUGUGCAAUGCCUCUGAUUGGUGAGCAUCAGGCUGAAGACAGGCAACAUAUAACCGAACUAGUUGUAAGCAAAAUGAACCAAAUGGUGUCCAAAACUCCUAUACCAUCUCCUCAGAGACCCACCGCCACUCAGCAGCCUCAGAGUGGAUCACUAAAGGAGCCAGAGCCAAACAAAAUCCCACCUCAGCGACCACCACCUCAAGGGGGCCCAGUGCAACCCCAAGGAAUGCAAUCACAAAGCCAGGAGCCAUUGCAGCCACAGCGCAUGUUCCCCCCUGGGCAGUCAGCAAAGCCCUCAACUUCCCAGCCACAGCGUCCACCUGGACCUACAACUCAGCAGCCACGUGCCCAGGCUCCAGGUCCUUCCAGCACCCGAUUAUCGGUGGAAGCAGAGCCGCAGCCACAGCCGCAGCCGCAGCCCCAGUGCCCCGCAACACAAGCUCCGCAACAGAAGCCUCAGUCUCAUCCACAACUUAACAAGUCGCAGUCUUUGACAAAUGCCUUCAGUUUCACAGAAUCAUCAUUCUUCCGAUCAUCUGUGAAUGAAGAUGAAGCAAAAGCUGAAACUAUUCGAAACUUGAGGAAAUCCUUUGCUAGUCUUUUUUCUGAUUAGCCAGCUUCAUCUAACUGCACAUAGCAUAUUGUCUACUACGUGAAUGUUAUAUAGGUUUUGUUUUCCUUGUGACAGUACCCACCUCUACUGUGCUAACUGUUGUAUUAAGCAAUAUGUUAAACUUACAAAAAAAAUAGAAGGACUUUGAUGAGAUACCAUUCAGGUGUAUUAUAUAAAAAUCUACAAACAAGGAAGGGUUCUAUUACUAACACAGAACGCUGAAUUCUAAGGUCCUUAUCCAUUGUAAUAUUGUGGCCUUACUGUGACUGAACUAUUUGAGGCUCCUUUGUAGAACUGUGUUAAUAAGGCAUUGAGCUAUGGGUUUCUCCUUGCUUUACCCAUUCCCAAUGCAUUGCAAUGCAUGUGUAUUUUCUGUGUAAAUGUUUUGUACUGCAAGAGUGUAGUCUUGACUUGGUCUUGCCUCCGAAAUUUCAGAGGCAGCUCACGCUGAAGUUCUUGUCAAGUCACUUAAAUAGUGUGAGAAAUUGAAGCAUUUUUCUUCCUCCUUAUACAGUCUUUCCAUCAGCUGAUUGUAGACUACUGGUGUAUUACUGAGAGUUAUCAGUACAUUAAACUAAUGUCAUAAAUGGAGUGUGUAUGUACAACUGUAUCUCCAUGUGUCUACUUAAAUUUAUUUCCAAAGUGUAACUAUAACUGAUUCUGGUUGUAAAGAAUCUGCAUGAUGUUGCCCUUAUUUUUGUGAAAACCUUCCAAUAAAUGUAAAGUCUCAUGCUUGAUUAAAAAGAAGUCUCCUACAAAGCUUGUUUCAACCACUAUAUAUACUAUAUAUUUUGAAAGAUACCAGAAGUGUACCACUGUGGUUACAGAAUAUUUGGACACAAGACACAACUUUAAGAAAAUACAGUGUCACAAAUAAUUCCCUUUUGGAUGGCAUCCUUAAAAAAAAUACCACUUUUAGGAAUCAGAUUUAAAUUUUCUAACAGUUUAUGUGCUUUAAAAAUAUUUCUCUUAACUUCUUAACACAGAAUUGAUUCCAGACUUGGAGGUAAUAGCAGCAUUUUAAAAAAAUUCUCUGAAUUUGAUUCGUUAUCUCUAUAGACUAUCCACUUCCAAAUGAGUAUCAUGUCAUUCUGCCUAUCAUGAAUUGCAUGCAGUAAUAUUCCUUGCCAGGAAACAAUGCUGUCAGGGCAAACGAGAAAAUAACUGUAAUAUUAACAUGUCUGAGGGAGAAAACGGGCAACACUAAGUUAACUUGCUGAAAAACAGUAUAGAGUGUUAAUGGACUCAUGCAUCUAUUUGCCUAAGAAACUGUAUUUGUUAUAGAUCGGAUGGCAUCAGUUUAUGAAGUGUAGUUUGUAAAGCACAAUCAUCCUUUGACAACUUAAGUCCUUUCAGAUUUAGCUUCCUUGGGAGGACAAGCCAAAUUUAGGCCAGGAGGUUGGCAAUGAAACGGAAACUUCCGUUUUCAGUGAUGUCAGAAUUAAGUUCAUGCAUCAACAUCUGGUAGCUCUCUGUUUGUCGACAUAUUCUAAGUUGAUGAUCUCAGCAUACAUAUUUCCUGAGAAGGAGGCAUGUCCAAAUCACAGGCAAUACAAGGAACACCCUUUUCAGACUGUCAGUGAGGACUGACUCAAGUGUAGCAGCUGAACAACCAUACCUAGAAUAGCGCUUUCCUCCAGGUUAAGACUAAAAUGAAUUUAUGGGUGAGUUUGCACUGCAGCUUUAGAAACCUUUAAAUACAUAGCACUACCCUCUAUAGGAUGGAACCGCGGUCCCUCUGAUCUGCAGAGAACCCUCUUUACCUUAGUGGAACAGCCCUCAGAGAAGAGAAACCCUCUCUCUGAAUUAAUGACGACUAUCUCUUACUUCAGGAGGAAUGCACUGUGGGUAGAAGCCUACGGUUUAGACCGUGAAUUCUGUCGCAAAAUAGAAAGCUUUAACUAUUAACAAUUCUUAUUACUUCAUAAACAUGAGCUAAACUUUUAAUUUUUUAACUUCCAUCCCCCUCCUGCCCCCCACUGGAUUGAAACACCCUUCACUGGGCUUCUGUAACAACCCUGAGCAGUUACAUAGCCUUUCAUGUCUGAGAAGCACUUUACUUUUAGAUUAGAAAGAUUAAUCAAUUUUGCCAACGCAAAUUAAUUACUGCUACAGAGAAAGCACAGCAAUUAUGCAUAGUUUGGCAUGGUUCAUGAUUAGUGCAUGCCUCGUUUCAGCAAUAUUUAGUACAAUAUGAAUUACAGGUAGUUCAUUAGUCCAGGCCCCAGAUUUCGACUUGAGGCAAAGUUUCUUGCUCAUAUAAAAUUCCCUCCCACCUCUUCCUGGGAGAAAACGAGUUUCACUACAGUCUUUGUCUUACCAUCUGGAAGAAAAAAGAGAAAGAAAAGAAAAGAAAAAAAAAA